AGCAAAGGACAAAUAACUGUAUUGGCAGCAUCAAGCCAAUGGGAUGGGACCAAGCAAGCCAGCUGUGCCUGAUGGUACAUUUGCAUCCACUACCCAGCAGUACAGGAAUGAAGCAAAGGUUUUACACACACAGCUGCAGUUCAACAGAAACGUUCCUGCAGCUCCAGAGAACUUGGCUCUCAGAUUCUCCACUCCCCCUCCAGUCAUAAUAGAAAAACUGAAAGGCUCCAAUGAUCAGAGAAAUCUGGCUGGGAGUAAAGAGCCCAGCCUGAGGAGCUCUAGCAUGUUUUCAGUGGUAUCUGAAGAGAGACUAAGGUUGGCUGUUGAGCUAGCCAAAAGGGACAUAAAACGAAGACGUCUCAAAGAGCAAGUGAAACAGCAAGUGUUUGGAGAUGCAGGCAGUAAACCAUUGUUGGCCCAGAAGUUACAACAGCAGAAGACUGAAGCAGUUGAAAGUCUAGAAAAUAAAAGUGCUCUGAAGUCUCAAACUUGGAUGAAAUACCAGCAGAAACUCGGCCAGCCUUCCAAAGUGGAGACUACCAGCUCUGGUGCUAAGGUUUAUAUCUACACACCCAAAGGAGGAAAGCUAAUCCCAGCUGGUUUGGGCUCUUCACCCACCCAUGGCACAAAGCAGGACCCUAAGCCAAAUGAAAAGAGGCAAGAAGACAAAAAUAUGCAGGAAGUCCGACAGCUGCAUAAGGAAUUGAGGAGCUGUGUCCAGAAAAUUGAAGAACUGACUAAAAAAGGCAGAGAGAGAGAAGCUUUAGAUCCUGAUGAAGAGCAGAGAGUUUGUGCUAGGAGGCAGAAGCAAGCAGCGCGGUCAGCACGGAUGCUGUAUGUGCUCCAGCAGCAGGUGAAAGAAAUUCAGGAUGAUUUAGAGAAACUGAGUGCUCAUAAAAUCAAACAUACCAAAAAGUCUCAAGCAGCGUCCAGGCUGGCAGCAGCACACAGGGGAGCCGUGAGAGCCUUGCACACCUUUGCCAAUCAUUUUGCAGAUCAAGCGGAGCAGCAGGUCCCUGCCCCCUACAGGGAGCUGGGCAGUCUCAUUCGACAGCUCUCUCUCUGUUCUGCCAGACUGGAAGGGGCCUCCUCCAUUUCUGAUGUCAUCACAGAGAUCUUGCUGCAAGUUGAGGAUCUGGAGUCACUGCUGGAAAAGAAACAAACACCCAAAAAGGUGAAGAAAUGUGUUGCAGCAUCUCAGGGCAGAUCUCCAAGUAACACUGAGGCAUUUCCAGCCAGAAAACAGCUUCCAUCUCCAAAAAGAGAGCAGAAACUUCUCCUCUUAAAGGGGCAGCACAGACAAGAACCUAGAAAACCUGCAGCUGCCAGGAGCCUCUUGGCUGCAGUUCAGAAGGCAAACAGUUGUGCUCAUCCAUUGCACAGUAAAUCCCCAGAAGGAAAGGACCCCCUUACUCCAGAGAGCAAAGGACCCCCCAGCUCCACUUCACGAGGAAGCAAAGAUGCCUUGGUGAGAGCUGGAGCUGGAAAAAAGGAUCCUAGCCUUGAAGGUGGCCCUUUGAAGAAGAAAGGGAUGUGCUCAGCUAGCAAAUCACGGGGGCAGCUGAAAUCUCUGCAGAGGAGGCCUGGGGGGAGGCGUGCCCGGUUCCAGGAGCCCACCAUAGCCUUCCAGCUGAAGGGCAGCCAGCGGCCUGCUAAGGAGAGCAGAGUGCCCCGCGUGCCCCCGCGCCCUGCGGCACCCCGGCGGUCACAAAGUGCUUCCCCAGCCCAGUGUGCAGACAAGGUUGGGAUGGCAGCACAGGAGAACUUAGAACCCCUAGCAGACAGGACACAGCAGGUCACAGCAAAUGCUGAUCAUCUGAGUGAAAAGCUACUGGAUGAUCUUUUGGAAGAUGCUGCUGAGGAGCUGUGGGGUACAGAGCAGUGUGAGAGCCUCCAGCCCACAGCUGUGCCUGUGGCUGACACUCACAGUCUGGAGGCAAUGUUGCAAAGAAUGGAAGAAAUUGAAAGGUCCCAGGAGGCUGUGCGCCGCAGGUUCACCCGCAUCGUGUACAGCGACCCCGCGGCCUGGGCCCAGCAGGAGCAAACAGAACAGCAGAUGGCAUCAAUAGCUCAAAGACCUACCUCUCCUCAUCCCAUCCAGCUGACCAAAGCAAAUGGGCACACAGAGCCAGAAAGGGACAUUUUCUUUGGGAAGCCUUUUGAUAGCAAUGCUAUUGAUGAAAAGGAAGAAGCAGAGGAGAAGCUGCAGCCUGGAAAUGACAGCCUGCAGCCUUGGACUCGGAAUUCCCAAUGGGAGGAGUGCUGUGUGGCUCUCUCUGUGCCCAAGGCCAUGCUCAGGAGCAUCUCUGAGUACAGCAGCAGAUACAAGCAGCACUUGAAAGUUAUUUGCCACGAGGCAGUUGGCAGCUUUGAUCCGUGGCAGAUUGCUGAGAGUCUUGCAGAUGAGCUGACAGAAGAAGCCCUCUGUGAUGUGGCAGCAGAGCUGCAGGAUGUUUGUGAGGACUAUGCAGAAGCUGUGUUCACGUCAGAGUUCUUGCAGCCAGCGCCCUGAAUGCUUUCAGCUCUGCCCUGUGAUCCAAUGCUCCUGGCCUGGCCUCCUCCUGGGGCAGCUCUGCUCCUCCCUGACAGAACUCAGUGUAAGAGUCUUACCAGAUGAUCUCAUUUUCCAUGCUUUUUGUGAAAGUCUGUGAGAUUCUGCCCAAGGAAUGAAUUAAGACCAGCCAGGGUUCACCUCAGCCUUUCAGGCCUUGUUGGACUGCAUUUAUCAGGACUUUUUCUAAAGCCACUGCUUCCACAGGAUGAAGUCAACUGGUGCAGGCAAAGUUUCUGUAUUUUGCUAGGAAUCCCUCUCCAUUUGUACUCUUCACUCCUGUUUUUUAUGUGUGAUCUUCUUCCUAGAGCAAAAUACUGGGAGGAGGACUGGGUUCAAGCAGUGCCAUGGACUUGGCUGUACUGCAGCUCAAUUUUCUGCUGUAAAAUGGAGAGAAUCUGCCCCUAACUACCUCAUAAGGGAGCUGUGAGUUUUAGUUUAUUCUUCUUAGUGACAUUCAUUGACAGUAGCUGAGAGUGGUGUCAGAGCAGUGAAGCAUUAUUGACCUUUCUAAAGCCAAGAGGGAACAGUCCAGGUCAAAGCUCUUUGGUUUGCUGUUUAGGGCUUUCAGUAUCAUGUAAGAAAGCUUUGUCUGAGCACUGUGCUUAGCAUAUGUGCUAGGAGUAGCUUUUCUGGGGGUGUGGCUGUCCUAAGGAUGGAUCCUCCUGGCACAGCAUUAGGCAGAUGUAAACACUUGGUGUUGGCUUUCCUCAUGGGCCAAGAGCCUGCCUGGACCCUCACCAUCAGCCUGUGCAUGUAGCUCCUCUUCUCUUUGAGCAUCCCCAGUACACCAUGCCCAGACAGCUCAGACCUCUCAGCACAAGCACAUCAUGGGGAUUUGCUUCCUUGUCAUUUAUUUAUUUGU